AAUAAAAUGUGGAGAAGAAGAGGCCACUGACAACAAAUCAAUUCCACCAACAAUGCAACUGCUUGUUUUGAAUAUUUAAACGAUACAUUUAGUUAGAGUCCGUCUCUUAUUGAGAGGAGAAGUGUUGUAGUUUCAGUAGGAAAACUUCCUCGGUCCCAUCUUGGUCAUUCAGUUACUAUAAUAGCAGCCAACUGUGGCUCAGACGCUAGCUAGCUAGCUAGCUGGAUGGCUAACAGCAGCUAAUCACUGCUACUCUUCAUUUUCCACACCGGUGUGAGAAGAUGGACUCAAGUGUCUUCACGGCUGUUUCCAAAGGUGACCCUUUACCUCUGGGAUCACUGCGCCUCCUGGUCCCACCUUUCCAGCUCAUGGCAGCCUCUAUGUGGCAGGUUUUGAAGAACCAAGAUGUCAGGAACUACUGGAAAGUGGCAGAGUUUGUCACUUUGGUGGUGGACAUGGUCCCAGAGCUGCUAAUGUACGAGCACAGAACGCAACUAAACCUGGGAUUAAGAGCCAGGUAUAUUCUUGAGUUGUGCCAUUGUGAACAGCUUGUGGAACCUGAUGUCAUCUUGUCUCAUCUGGACCAGAUUAAAUCCCAACACCCCACACUGGCAGAUGUGAAGGAAUCACAAGAAGAAGUAGUGGUUACGUUUCUUGAGUUGAUCCAGACUCUGCUCAAAGAUCCAGAAGAGAGACGAGACUUUUUCUUGGAGGUCUUCCCUGCUGAGUAUGGAGCUCAGUAUGACAGUGAUUUACAGAUGCUGUUUUCAGAGUUCCUCUGUCGGCUGGCUCAGCUGUUACCAGUUCCUGACCUUGAGCAGACUGUUUCCUGGCUUGGAGCUGAAUGCUCUGUGUUGGAGGAUUGUGUGCAUUCAGUCUCUGAUCCUACAGACCUGAAAAAUUUGCUCCAGCACCACAAACACCUCGGGCAUUUGGAGCAACAUGUUCCACCUUCAAGCAUGGGCGACAGCAUCCUGUCCUCCCUCUCUGCUGCUCCCCCCAGCAGAGUGGCAAAACCUACAGAACAACCCAACCAAUCGGAUCCACUGCAGGGCCUCAGUGAUGACACACACACUGUAACGUUUGUGGAUGACGUAGCAGUUGAAAUAAUCACCGUGACUGAUUAUGCAGAGGUUGAGUUAGACGCAAGCACCGACAUCGAGGUGGUGAUGGGAGAAAGCUGCUUUGAAGGAACGGACACCAGCACAUCGGCUGAAGAGUCGCUGGUCGUGUUUCCUAAUGAGGCAACCAUAGAAGAAGAAGAAGUGGAAGAAGCAACACAAGAAGAAGCUGCAAGUGGCUUAGCAAACCUCAUCCAGCCAAAGGUUAUUAAGGACGACUUGGCGUCCUCUCAACAAAAAAUGUCUAUGGGACCUCAUGACUGCCCCGACUGCGAAAAGAAGUUUAAGUUUGCCUCGUCGCUCAUCGCCCACAGGGUCAUCCACACCGGUGAACGCCCCCACCGCUGCGAUGACUGCGGACGCUGCUUCUCUUUCCGACAGUCUCUUGACCGGCACAGACACACGCACAAGACUGGACGCAAGUACAACUGCGUUAUCUGCAGGGAAACUUUCCAGUCCUUGUCAGCCCGCACAGAGCACAAGCAAACACACAUGAAACACGGCGUUUACGUGUGUCAUCAGUGCAACAAGAAAUUCAACUGGGAGCUGGCACUUGCAAGGCACCUUAAAACACACAAUGAUGAUCACAAAGCAAACACGCCUACAGAGAGCCAUAAGAAUGAGCAAGAGGUGGUUCUAGGUGAUGAAGAUGUCAGAGAGGCUCCUGUUGUACUUGUUGAACCCGAGACAAAGGUGGAUGAUAAUAAUCAGAAUACAGACGUUCAGAUCACCUCGGAGCCUGAGGGAACAGUCCCCGAAUUUGACAAUGAAAUCAUUUCCUUGGUGAAGGUCCGCACAAGUGGACGCAAACGCAAACCAACCAUGAAGAUCCAGGUGAUAAAUCUACAGAAGCACAUGGCAACUAAAAGAAGGAAGGAGAUCACCAAGACCGACCCUCCAGAGCUGAAGCCCUUGCCUUUUAAUAGUGCAGAGCACUCUUACGGCUCACCUGUGGUCUCAUUAAAGGACGAUGAUGAGACUUGUGUCGCAGAUGGCUCUUCAGCUGCUUUCUCCUGUCCAAAAUGCUCCUACCAUCACUUAGAAGAAGCACAGGUCCAGCAGCACAUUGACAAGGUCCACUCUGUGGGGACUGAGGACGAGGAGCAGUCCUUUCAGCCCCUCACAGAUGAAGAGGGGCGUUUCAGUUGUCCGGACUGUGAGAAGAGCUUCAAGUUCCAGUCCUUACUAAAAGCCCACCAGCGCAUCCACACAGGCGAGCAGCCCUUCCUGUGCUCUCAGUGCGGACGGCGGUUCUCCUUCAAACAGUCACUGGAGAGACACAAGCAGACGCACAGCUCUGGACGCAAGUACGAGUGUCUGAUCUGCGGGGAGUUCUUCAAGUCCCUGGUGGCUCAGAAGGAGCACAAGAGCACCCACAUGGAGAACGGCGAGUACCUUUGUUCUGAGUGCGGCCGGGCGUUUGCUUGGAAGUCUGCACUGGUGAGACACAUGAAGACCCACGGCGAGGAUGCAGACAGUGUGGAGCGUCCUUAUAAAUGCCCUCGCUGUGACGUGGGCUUCAGCUGCGCCAGCUACCUCAGCAGACACCUCCAGACUCACAAAGAAGAAAGAGUGCACACGUGCAACUGCGGGAAGAGCUUCACCUACCGGGCAGCCCUCACCGCACAUCAGCGCAUCCAUCAAAAGGAGCGGCCCCAUACGUGCACACAGUGCGGCAAGGGAUUCCUCUACAAGGGGGGUUUGCUGAGCCACAUGAAGAUCCACUCUGAGGAAAAGCCCUUCAUGUGUUCCUUCUGUGGCAAGGGCUUCAAGAGGGAGCGUAACAUGAAGAAGCACGAGCACUGCCACACCAGGGAAAACGUUUUCAGCUGCUCGCAGUGCGACAAGAGCUUCGUCUAUAAGGCGACACUGAUCAGACACGAGCUGACUCAUUCAGGCGAGAGGCCCUACCUCUGCUCUGACUGCGGGAAGGGCUUCUUCUCCCACGCCGAGCUCCUCAAGCACGAGCGAUUUCACACGGGCCACAAGCCCUUCCAGUGCCCCCACUGCGGCAAGAAAUUUACCCAGUCUUGCUACCUGACCAUCCACCUGCGCUACCACACCGGAGUCCGGCCGUACUCCUGCACCGAGUGCGACAAGAGCUUCCUCAGCGCCAACCGCCUGAAGAGACACCAGCAAACACAUUCAGGGGAAAAACCAUACCUCUGUGUAGAAUGUGGGAAGGGAUUCAGGCAGUCAUAUAAUCUGAAAAUGCAUCAACGAACACAUAUCAUGAAGUUAAAAUAGUCAGGACUUUGAAUUAUCGAUCUGGAUCUUAUUGUUUUGUAAAAUUGAAAUAGUAUGGAAUCAUCAUAAAUUAGUUUAGAAUGGGAUAAAGGCAAUUUGGAAUGCACUGAAUCCACUUGUUCAGUCCCGAUACCUGAGCUUUGUAGAGAUGUUCGGAUACCUUUUUUUCUUCUCGAUACCAAUACCUGAACUUACUUAAUGUGCACUUGUAUUUAAUUUAUUUUUUUAAAGAGCACCGUAUUGAUGUGAUGGCAAUCAUAGUAUGGCUUGGCUCUGGGCCUGUUCCAUAAAACGAGUUUACGGAAUCAGUCAGGCUUAUUUAGUUUAUUCCAACUCAUUUUCAGUUGAUUUAGUCCCAUAAGAGAGUUAAUUACGUUCCCAGAAUAAGUUGUCAUAUUAACAAUGUUGAAUUUGUUUUGUGGAACCAAAUCAGCUGAAAAUUAGUCAGACUCAAUGAAACAAACCCUUUUUAAACACUUUACAGAGCAUGUACUGUUCCCAACAAAGAUGAGAAGCAAGACAGCUCACUUGUUACCUACCUCUAUAAUCAAUUUUGGACACAGUGAUCGUUCUUUGUGGAGGUGAUGAUGGAAGUAACUAAUGAGUGAGAAUUAGCAUCUUUCUCAUCUCUGUUUAAGGGAUAUUUCUGAUAUUUAGAAGUGGGGUUGUAUGAGGUAAUACAGUCAAUGUAUUACCUGUAGUAGAUGAUGGUCUGUGUGUUCCCAGUUUGGAGAACCAGACGCGCUCUUAGCAGGAAACUAAUGAAUGUAUUCCUGCAGACGGGGACCGCAACAAAAACUAUUUUAACCACCUAAACAAAGGUCCACCCAAAAAGUGUUGGACCAGUUUAUGUGUACAUUUGGAAUAUGCUGGAAUAUUUUUGUUUGAGGUGGUAAAAAUCUGUUUUGUUGCAGUCCCCCAGCAGUUCUGGUUCUCCAAACUGGGAACACUCACACCAUCAUCUAAUGCAGUAAUACACUGACUGUAGGUAAGUACCUCAUAUAACCACACUUGAAAAAAAUCAGAACUAUCACUUUAAGGGUUGCACAUGUGCAGUACUGAAAUCAAGUAACAAUUGAUAGUGUUAUUUCUGACUAGUGUACCGGUAGUUGAGUUGAUAAAUUAUUUCAUUAUGUGAUAUCAGAUCAAUGAGUACAGCUGAGUGUAGAUAUGCCAUUUAAGGCUGUAAGCGAGGCAUUUCAGGUAUCGGUAUCCAAACAACCCUCAGGGUUCUGGCAUCGGCCCUGACUGAGAAAUGAUUUGAUACUUGUGUUUAAUUAGUCAGCUGUAUGCCUCACUUGGUGGAAGUGACUGGGAUAUUUUUUUUAUGAAUACAUUUACUGAAUUGACAAAAUAA